CGACAGCUGUGGAAUUACAAAAGUCGUUUUACGAAUAACAAAAGGAACGCCAUCUGUGCCUCUCAACUACAACGCCGUCUUGGAUUACAGUGGUUUUUCGUUCUUUGUUUGCAGAUUGUGAUUAUUAGUGAAGUUUCGUUUCCUUCUCCAUUUUUGUUUAUCGCGCUACGGAACUGCGUAUUAUUCUGACCUGUGUUUUUUGUGUGCCACUCAUAGGACUUAAGAAGUGGUUCUGUGACCUGAAAAGUGAUACUUUGCAGUUAAAGAAGGAAGUUUUGGAUCUAGUGGAUGGGAGUUUAUUUCUUUCCUCGUUAAAGGACAAGUGCGGAAACGAUUAUUGUUUUUUGUGUUCCCAGGAUAGUGUUCGCCUGGAUAUUUUCGCGUCUGUAUUGAAACUGUGGUUUCAGCAGUUUUGAAGUUGAGAGAUUUUAUUUGUUUCGUGCGACUCCGCUGGCGGAAGUUCUUGACCUACAUACUGAAGACUGAUUCUCAGAGCCGGAGCGAUCUGAUUUUCUCCACCCGACGAGUGAGACAAAAUAUUUUUACUAGUUGCGUACUGUUACACAGUCGCUUGUGGAACAUUUUUCGUGCUAUUGUGGAACGUCCGAUGGCAGGCUGUUUGAUAUUUAGUAGUGUGAUUUGAUCUUUGUGUUUGUACAUCAGUGGUCGAGAGGUGCCGAACUGUGACUUGCAAAACUGUGACUUUGUGAAAGAGCUCGGCACUGGACUGUUUGACUUCGUACUGCGGUUCGAACGCUAGUGACUUCUGUGCCAGGACAGUCCGGUAGUCAAGCUGGCCUGCGCCAAAGUACAGAGCUAUGCGGGCAGUGCUCCUCGCACACAUCGAGUUGACUCGCGAUCUUCGCCACUUUGCGUGACCUGUGACGGCCGUCGUAUGCCUGUGACGGUUGACACUGCUGCUGCGACGGCGGCGGAGAGUGGCUGUUCGUCCUCUGCCGCCAUGGGUGUUCACAAGAACACAGAGCACGAGAGUGGUUACUUUGAGGACGAGGAGAUAGACGACGACACGGAGGCCGCGAUUCGCGAACGCAUAGGCCGCUUCCUGAGUGCGACGAGGGACGAGGACGAAACGCCCCUGCCUGGGUCGCGGGCCGACGCUUCUGCCGCGGGCAACGGCGCCGGCGACACCAGGACCAACGUGUCUAACGUGAACCUAACUGGCACGACAGGCCGCGUGGACAUGUCGCACUUCGAGCUGCUGAAGGUGUUGGGAACGGGAGCGUACGGCAAAGUGUUCCUGGUGCGGAAACGCGGCGGUCCCGACGACGGCAGGUUGUACGCGAUGAAGGUGCUGAAGAAGGCGACCAUUAUCCAGAAGAAGAAGACGACGGAGCACACGCGCACCGAGCGCCAAGUGCUGGAGGCUGUGCGCCAGUCGCCCUUCCUCGUCACGCUGCACUACGCCUUCCAGACCGAGGCCAAGCUGCACCUCAUACUAGACUACGUGAGCGGCGGCGAGCUGUUCACGCACCUGUACCAGCGGGAGCACUUCAGCGAGAGCGAGGUCCGCAUCUACAUCGGCGAAAUCAUCCUGGCGCUGGAGCACCUGCACAAGCUGGGCAUCAUCUACCGUGACAUAAAGUUGGAGAACAUCCUCCUCGACAGCCAAGGGCAUGUUGUUCUGACGGACUUCGGCCUCAGCAAAGAAUUCCUGCCUCAUGAGAAGGAACACAGAGCUUACUCCUUCUGUGGAACGAUCGAAUACAUGGCACCUGAAGUCGUCAGAGGCGGUAACACUGGCCAUGAUAUUGCUGUUGAUUGGUGGAGUGUUGGAGUGCUUACAUACGAGCUGCUCACAGGUGCUUCACCUUUCACUGUCGAAGGAGAGAAAAAUACCCAACAGGAGAUUUCGAGACGAAUUCUCAAGACAAAUCCACCAAUACCUGAUCAUCUUUCACCAGAAGUGUCAGACUUCAUCUCGAAGCUGCUUGUGAAAGAUCCACGAAAGCGCCUGGGUGGUGGAGAGGAAGAUGCAGAAGAACUGAAGAGACAUCCUUUCUUCAAAGGCACAAAUUGGGCAGAUCUGGCUCAGAAAAACAUUCCAGCACCUUUUGUUCCAAAAAUUACCAAUGAGCUGGAUACGAGUAACUUCUCAGAUGAAUUCACUAAGAUGACACCAACUGACUCACCUGCUAUUGUCCCCCCUAAUUUCGAUAAAAUUUUCAAGGGUUACUCAUAUGUGGCACCAUCUGUUCUGUUCAGUGAAAAUGUUAUAAGUGAUGAAAUAUUCCAAGCGAACACAGAUAAAAAGCCAAACAGUGCAACCAUCAUGUCUUGUAAAAUAAAGGAGUCUCCAUUUUUUGAAAAUUAUGAAAUUAACUUGACAGAAGGCAUUCUUGGAGAUGGAAGUUUUUCUGUCUGUCGUAAAUGCUGCCAUAAGAAGACAGGACAAGAGUAUGCUGUGAAGAUUGUCAGCCGGAAAAUUGACUGUACACGGGAAAUAAAUUUGCUAAGGGCAUGCCAGGGACACCCAAACAUAGUCACUUUGCAUGAGGUGUAUCAUGAUGAGGCGCAUACAUAUCUAGUUCUGGAACUGCUAAGAGGGGGUGAGCUGCUUGAAAGGAUAAGAAAGAAAAUACAUUUCACUGAAAGUGAGGCAAGUCAGAUAAUGCGCAAGUUAGUCUCAGCAGUACACUUCAUGCAUUCCAGAGGUGUUGUUCAUAGGGACCUCAAACCAGAGAAUCUGCUCUUCACUGAUGACUCUGAUAUGGCAGAAAUCAAAAUAGUGGACUUUGGGUUUGCACGACUGAAGCAAGAAAAGGAACCUAUGCAUACACCGUGUUUCACUUUACAUUAUGCAGCACCAGAAGUUCUCAAACAGGCAUUUAAUCAAGGUGCUGAUGGGUAUGAUGAGAACUGUGAUCUAUGGAGUUUAGGAGUAAUUUUGUACACAAUGUUAUCUGGGAAAGCACCAUUCCACGCCAGAUCAAGGGAUGAUAGUGCAGCUGCUGUUAUGGCACGGAUAAAAGGAGGAGAGUUUAACUUUAAUGCUGAUGCUUGGGCACAUGUAUCUUCACAAGCAAAAUACCUUACCAAAGGUCUGCUGACUGUUGAUCCAAAAAAGAGACUACGAAUGAGUGACUUGCGUUCAAAUGAAUGGCUCAAGGGCAGCAAUACAAGACUUUACCCAUCAACUCCCCUAAUGACACCUGAUGUUCUCACAGCUGGCUCUUCAGCACGUUCUGCAGAGAUAGGAGUUAAGCAGACAUUUGAUGCCUUCUACCAGGCACAAAAAGAAGGUUUCAGACUGCAGGAUGUGGUAAAUGCAAAAUUAGCCCAGCGCAGACGUAUGAAGAAAUCCUCAACUGAUGCUCGAAGUUGUUCAACAUCGAGUAGCUUUUCAACUUCGAGCUCUUCAGGAACUUCAUCAAUUCAGACUCCAGUAAAAGUCAGUCAGUCUGGGUCCACUCAUUCUACUGGGAGUGGAAGUGUCAAACGAGCUAGCAGCACCCAAGAGGAUGGCAACAAGGUGUUCAAUUUUGGAGAAGCAAGAGUGAGGGAGUAUCUUUCCAGUCUUUCUUCUGAUGAAUCCAGCUGCUCCUCAAGCUCCAACAGUGGACAGAGUGGAGUGAAACGACACAGUGAUUUUGUGCUAUCUCCUGUAAGGAAAAAGUGGAAGAAGUCAGUCUCAGAUUCAGAAGUACUGAUCACUGAGCAUCGUACGACUGAUAUAUCAGGAAUGAAAGUGUCACAAAGUUUAGGAGAAAUUAGCAACCGGUUACCAGCACCUACGGAGAGACGUGUUCCAUCCGAAACGAGUAUUUCAGUACAAGGACAAGAAGCACAGUUAUCAGUGCCAAGUGCUUCUCCUGCAGUAGCAACAUCAUCACACAGGGCAUUACAUCAAGAUGUGGGCCCAGGACCUUCUCGGGAACAACUUGGAAGAAAUACCACAGGUCCUUUGACUAGAUCUCAAAAGCGACGCUUAGACAACAGUUCCAGUUCUGGAUCAGCAUCUCAGAAGCGUCGACUAGACGACAGUUCAAGCUCUGGAUCAUCCUCACGCAUGACUACCCCUGAAAUGCCUGUUAAAACUGAGACAUCAACAGCUUAUAAGAGGCACCACAAAAGGCAUCACAGACAGAGACACCAUGGUGCAGAAAAGAAGUCAAAGAGGAUGCCAACUAUUACAGUUGAGUAAGCAUUUUAGUCAGGUGGGAAGAAUUAUGUAAUAAACAAUACUGAGUACAGGAGUCAUAGAUGGAAAAGUGUGACUAACUACAUAGUUCUUAAGCCUAGUCUCAUGUGACAGUGCUUGAAGACUCUGCAUAUAGAUACUUUCCUGCAAAUGGAAAAGUGGUUAUCCCACUUUGAGAAACAUUAAUUACACAUAUUAUAUGGCUUUUUGUAAGGUGCAAUUGAAUUGCACAAGCUGAUGCAAAAGGUGUUGUUGAAAUAUGUUGUUUACACAAAGGGACUUAAUAAUAUAUUUUUGUUUUCUUUUAGAAAAUUUAUGUCAUUGUUACUUGCUAAAUGAAGAAAUGUUAUGUACUUGUUGAAAAGACAAUUGUUUAUUUUGCAGAAUGUAUAUGGUGUGUAUCUAUAUUGUGACAGUUGCUAUAAAUAUGAAAGGGAACAGAAGAUGAGAGCUAUACACAGUUACUGCAGAGUUGAAACUACGGUGCUUUAAUAAUGUGCCGUUAACAUUAGAGUAUUUUUAAAAAAGAAACUGAUGUUAACUUCUUAAGUCAUCACAUGUAUAUCCUUUUGUACCUGUUGUAGUGUGACGAUAUAUUGGUAACAAAUAUUUUUUGUAAGAGACUAGUCGAAACGCACAGUAGCUGAGUAUUUAAAAAGAGUACUGCAUUGUGAAUUUAGAAUAAACUGUACUGCAAUAUAUGUCAUGCUUCUAGGUAAAAAUCUGACUAAAAUUUUGUGUAGUUGUUUGACCUCUGAAAUGUUUGUUAUUUUUUAAGGGGGCAGGUUUUGUAUGGUGAGGCUGCAUGUGAGAGCUACAUAUCCAUUUAACAUUUUUAAUUUCAUUUGCCAUUGCAGAUGAGUGGAUGAUUUUACAAGAUCUUGAUUAAAUGUUUACCUUGCAUUUGGUGGCUGUUGAGAGGAGGGUAAUGUACAUUAGCUUUCACAAAGUUACUUACAUGGCAAUGAUUUUAUUACCUCCUCAUUGUGAUGUGUGAAUCAGUGACUACUGUGCGUGAGUAAAUGUGUUACAAACUUAAUAAGAAGCAAGCUAGACUUUCAAAGGUUUUACCUAUAGAUUUAUCAGAAACAUUUGUUUGUUUCUGGUAUCUAAGCACUGUUGUUCCUGUGUAUCUAAUUAUAAUUACUCACAAGGUGAAAGUACAAGGAGUAUGUGUUUUCUCCUUGUAAUUGAUGAAGUAUUACCUUUCCUGUAUAUCAAGUAUGAUUAUUUAAUUCAAAGCAUGUAUGCAAAAAAUUGAAUAGCUGCAGCCACUGAGAGUGAUGAAUUUGUUCACUCUCAGAAAUGUCUUUUUUUUUUUUUCAAUUGAGACUGAAAAUGUAUUUUAGGCCUUUGUGUCAGUGUUAGUACCCUUUGGUGUAACACAGACAUUGUAAUUAGUUAUCUACAUCUUAAAAGCAAGCAUGUCAUAACUUAGUUUCAGUUAUGUUGUGAAACUGUUGAUUUAAAUUGUCACAAGUAAGUUUGUAUUUAUCAUUGCUGGAAAACGAACUUUCAUAAUUGCUUGCCAAAGAGAAAUACAGAUGAGUUACAGGAUGUGUGUGUUGCACUUGAUUGGUUUGUACGUGUAUGAAGUCCAACAUUAAGUUGGAUUGUAUGAUUUUUCCUUGAAAUGAUAAACUUUGUGUCUUUGGAAGGUGAUGUAUUUUUAUUAAAUUCUGUUAGAGAUUUGCUUGCUCAUUUUGUUUCAAACACUGUAUGAAUUUCUUCUCUACACAAUGGUACACAUCAGAAGAAUAAAAUGUGGUGUUUUUUCAUUAGAAUGAACUGUAUACACUCCAACAAUAAUGCAUAACUCAAGUAAUUCCUUUUUGUGUUAAUUUAGUUUAAUAUCAUUGAUACUGAAGAAGAAUAGGGGCAUUUGUUUUGAAAUGAAUGGUGUGAUCACUUUUUUAUAUUAGUAUAUCUGCAAAUUAUAUUUAGUGAUUGUAGCUGUGCUAAGAUAUAUUAUAAAUAUCAUCAGUUGUUAUUUUUAGGAUUAUUCUAAAAAAAUGUCUGAUUCCAGUCUUAGAGAAUGCAGUUUGGUUAUUCAGCUAGAAAUAAGAAUUUAUUAAUGAUUGACUGUGAUUUGAGGUGGGUACAAAUUAUGACCAUGGUUUGUCUUUGUCCCUGAUGAUCAUUUACAGUAUAUAUAUCUAUAUGUCCUUUGUGACAAUGUAAAAUUAUACCAAAAAUGUGCAAUGGCUUGUGAUAAUGAUUAAAAUUGUGACAUUGUUUCAUUUUGACUUGCACUCAUAAAUUAACCAUCUCAGUUGUUGAGGGACAUGUUGACUUAUCAUCAUUGUUAGCUGGUUGUUUAUGAAACUAUUGGCAAAAGAUUAUUGUUGAUAUAUUAAUAAAUGAAUACCAUCACCAAAUUCCUAAAAUCACAGAAAAGUUUUUCUGUGAAGUGAGUUUGUAAUCCUUUCCAUGAAAGUAGUUCCGAUAUCAUAGAAAAAUGAUUUCAGCCACUGAUUUAAAUACUUACUGAUUCUCCUAGAGAGAGAUGAGCUUUACUUAACACUGAUCCAUCCAUUAAUUUUUUGACUGAUGCUUCUGUGUGUUUGAACAGUCUCAGGUUGCUAUGAAAAAAUUAUUUAUAAUGUAUCUACAUAAUUGUGUUUUCAUAAGCUGUCAUAAUAAUAAAUGAACAUAAUGUGCUUACUUCACAUUGUUUCAUGCCAUAAUUUGUACUAAAUCAUGUUACUACAGAAAUAAGGUUAUAUUAUGUUUGUUUUGUAUUCAGAAAGUGAUCUGUUCCUCCAAUUUCAUUAAUUGUUCAGUAUUUUAUCCUCGAAAAUAAAAAUUUUGGUAGCAAGAAUGGCAAGGAAGCUUGUAUUAAAGUUAACUGCCUAUUUUCUGAAUGAUUAACACAAAAUAUUUAUUUAUGUGGUCUCUCUCACCAUCAAUGCUGUUUACUGGAUGUAGAUUCACCAGGCAUGCCAUCAAUUGAUUUUACACAUGAAUAUAUUUUUGUAAGUCCAGAAUAUUCAUCAAAAGAUGUUAUUCUCAGGAAGUGGAAUCUUUCUGUGAACUGUUGCUUAUGAUACAGUUGUAGCACUCAUUUGCUUACUGAAAUCUACACGGUAUUUAUUUCUAAAUAUGUUAAUAUUUCUGUUUAUAUGUGUAUAUACCAUACUGAA